AUGUCGACUACGGGUCGCAAGCGCCAAAAUGAUUGUCCGGACGGCUCCCGCGACGCCAAGCUACCGAAAUUGGACGUCUCGACCGUAGAUUGGCCAGCCUUCUUCAAAGACGCAGCCAAUCAGGCGUCUGUGAACAGAUUUUUCGACGAGCCAAAGGACAGCAAGAAGUACUAUGCUCUGCGCGUCGUCCGAGUGCGCGAUAGGGACCUCGAAAGAAAGAUUGAGCUCAAGGCGAUCAGCACUGAGGUCGUCGCUGGACAGAAGCGACAUCUUUCUAUAUAUGUCUACUUCGACGCUGCCUGCUUGGCAUCCCUCCGCGAGCGAGACAUAACGAUAAAACCGCAAGACGAGAUAUACCUGUCCCUCAAGGAUGCUCGCCGAGCGAAGUUCGAGUCCGACGACUCACCGGUGCUGCAGUACCACACCAACGUGAUCUACCAGUACAGGAGUUGUGCUGACCAGCGGCUUUGUGGGAAGGUCGUUAACACCGCGGACUGGUUCAACAAGUUCGCCUCAUCGCAAUCCCUCGAGUCCGAUGAUAUGGAUGUCGAUGAGGUCGCCGACGACCGGACAACAUUAGCACCUGCUGCACCUAGCCACGAAGAGUCAUUGUCGGCGCGCACUCCGACGCGGUCGAAUACCACUAAAUCCAUGCCGACACCGCCAAAUACCGUAUGCGGUUCAAGCCCCGUCAACGCACCCUCCGUUCUGCGUGCCGAACCUGAACCCGAACCUGUCGCCAGUGAACAGCUUGAGCAUGCCCCUCAACGAGACAGUAAGCAGGGGACCGCCGGGUCGAAAGCCAAGUCCAAGCAGAAGAAGCCGAAGCCAGCGCCACCGGCCGAGGAGCCGCACGAAGGUGUUGAGAAACUCAGCAAGGGCCAGAAGAAGAAGAGACAGGAAAAACGGAAAAAGCAAAGAAUCGCGGCAGAAUCACCAAAUCAGGGCUCUGCUCCAGCGACCGCGGAACCGUCACCGAAGCCGGUAACGGUAGCUACGCCGACCAUACAGCCGGUGCAGUCUGUAUCUGCUGGUCCAGCUACACCAACCCCAGCUCCACCUGCGACACCUGCUACCUGGCCCCCGCCUGGUGGUCAGAUCAUCCAACUCACCGCACCGGGUGAGGAGGAGGGCUCGACUGUGCUUACUACUGGGCGAGGAGAGAGAUACAUAGCUCUCAACACAGUCGAAAACAAGCCUGCAGGCGAGCUCUGGUCCGUCAUCGGGAUAGUCGAGUUCGCGAAGGAUGUCAAGCAGACCAAAAUGGGAGGCGAGUCGUCGCACUAG